AUGUCAAGAGAAGAUGGUUAUCGUGUAAGAAUCAGUAAUUUUCCACCGAAUGUUACACGACCAGAAAUCUUUAAACGUUUAUGGUUAAGAUCUUUUCAAAAUCAGUCACACUUAUUGGUCUUCAACGAAAAUGAUCCAUCACUUCCUACUAUUGCCUAUGCAACUAAUGAAAAAUCUUUGACCUUUGCUAAAGAUUUGAUUCAUGCCUGGCAUGAUCAAACGUUUAGUAGGGAUCAACCGUAUAGUAUGCAAUGUCAGCUAGAAAUGGAUGUCGAUUAUUAUAACUCAAAGAUUGCAAUUUCUCGUCCAAUAAUAUCACAACAAUUGCACAGUUCUACGCCAUCAGUUAUUUCAAGUAUAAAUAGUGGACAAUUAUGGAUAAUUUAA